CUACGUCUAUUUAACGCGGAACCAUACAUCAGGCUUAACAGAGCAGCAGUGCUUCGUAGCAGAAGGGUUUGAGCGAUGCCACCAAAGAAAAGGGCCAGAGUGAGUCCAAGAACUGCAAGUUCAGGCAAAAAUGACCAUGAGGAGAAAGCUUCUUCAGCUGUCAAGAAGAGGAAAGCCUCAGUUGUGAAAAAGGAAGACGGUUCUGGAUCCGCUGGCUCGCCAAAUUACAACCACUGGUUAAUGAAGUCUGAGCCCGAGAGCCGCUUUGAGAACGGCAUUGAUGUAAAGUUCGGCAUUGAAGAGCUGAAGGCGAUGUCGGAUCAGACCAGCUGCUGGGACGGUGUCCGUAAUUACCAGGCUCGCAAUUUCAUGAGGCAGAUGAAAGUAGGGCAGCUGGCUUUCUUUUACCACAGCAACUGCAAGGAACCAGGAAUCGCAGGAAUCAUGAAGAUUGCGAAGGAAGCUUAUGUGGAUCACACGCAGUUUGACAAGAAAGAUAUCCAUUAUGACGCAGCCAGCAAACCAGACAACCCCAAGUGGAGCAUGGUCGAUGUUCAGUUUCAAAGAAUGACGACACGUUUUAUUCCCCUGUCGGAGCUGAAGAAGUUCCACCUGCAGCAUCGCGCCAGCGGGGGGCCUCUAAAGGACAUGGCCCUUUUUACAAGGGCCAGGCUUUCUGUUCAACCCCUCACUACUGAGGAGUUUGACUUUAUCGUAUAUUUGGAGGACAAAGAUCCACUAUGAAGAUUUGCCAUUUAAAAAAAGAAAAGACCUACGACUACUCAACAGACUGGCUGGUUGAAAUGUUACUGCUGUAAUCUUUUAUGUUAAUAUUAUUAAAGAAGUUUAUCAUGGCUCAGA